AUGAAUGAUGAUCCACUCCUAUUUCCUUUUUUGAAAAAUAAUCCCAAUGCAGAGCAAGAGUUGGCUGAUUUGCAGUUGACAUUAACAGGAUCCACUGUCAAGUCUGUUGGACGACACGGAAAGUACUUUUGGUUACGGUUGAGCCUUAACAAAGAAUCAAAGGAUGAAACUGGCAUUUUAUUGAUGCAUUUUGGAAUGACAGGCAUGAUUAAAAUUAGGGACGUCAAAUCCCAUUUAAUAUUCAUGGAAAACGGUGGUGAUAAGAAAGUGUUGAAGAAGUUGGAAGAGGAGAAAAAGUCAACUGGGGCUCAAUCGAAGUAUUUCAAAAAAGAGGAGAGUGACGACGCCAAAUCGUCGGAUGAAGGCAAUUCAUUAUUGAAACCCCUAAAAAAUAAGACAGAUAUAAAAUUGGAGGAUACCAAAGAGCUAGAAGGAAUGGAUGAACCCGAUGAGGAAGAAUGGCCACCCAGAUUUGUUAAAUUCGAAAUGGAAUUGCAAAGAGACAAAGAGACAUUCGACCUUGCUUUUGUUGAUCCAAGAAGGUUAGGUAGAGUGAGAUUUCUAUCUGGUCCAUUGGUUCAAUCAGAUAAGGAUUUAAUGAAACAAGAGCCAUUGUCAGCAUUGGGGCCUGAUUAUUCAAAACCGCUUGAAAUACCCAAGACAGAAUUUACAACAGGAGAUCCCGAUCCUGACAACCAUGGAAAAUGUAGGUUAUCUCUUGAGGAAUUUAACAAAUUAAUAUUGUCCAAGAAAAAGCCUAUUAAAAGCUUAUUACUUGAGCAGGAGGUUUUUGCUGGUGUGGGAAAUUGGGUAGGUGACGAGAUUCUUUAUCACGCCAGGAUUCAUCCCAAUGAAGUGUUGAGCAGUAAAAUACCAAAAGGCGAUUCAGUGGAUAGUAUAAUCGAAAGACUAUACAACUCAGUAUUAUACGUAUGUGAGUUGAGUGUCCGUGUAGAAGGAGAUGUUUCUCAGUUUCCUUCAAAUUGGCUCAUGAUUUACAGAUGGGGUAAGAGGCGGAAGAAUAGUCCUAAGCCGAAGACUGAUGAAGGAUAUGAUGUUGAUCAUGUCACAGUUGGUGGAAGAACAAGCUGUUUUGUCCCAAAAUUACAAAAGAUGAUAAGCAAACUGGCUGCAUCCGAAAUUCGGGAUACCAAGGAAUUGAAAACCAAAGAAAAACCCAGAAAGAGAAGAAAAGCGUAG